AUGAAAGGCGGUGGCUUUCAAGAAGACGGGGUUCGACUGGGAGGUCCAGCUGCUCCAGAAGGUAGUGCUGGACGAGGAGGCGGUAGAUUUCAAGAUACCGGAGUUCGACUGGGACUCCCAGCUGCUCCAGAAGACGAUGCUGGACGAGAAGGCGGUGGCUUUCAAGAAGACGUUGUUCGACUGGGAGGUCCAGCUGCUCCAGUAGGCGGUGCUGAACGCGGAGGCGUUGGCUUUCAAGAAGACAGUGUUCGAAUGGGAGGCCCAGCUGCUCCAGAAGGCGGUGCUGGACGAGGAGGCGGUGGCUUUCAAGAAGACGGUGUUCGACUGGGAGGCCGAGUUGCUCAAGUAGGCGGUGCUGGACGAGGAGGUGUUGGCUUUCAAGAAGACGGUGUUCGACAGGGAGGGCCAGCUGCUCUAGUAGGCGGUGCUGGACGAGGAGGCGUUGGCUUUCAAGAAGACAGUUUUCGACUGGGAGGCCCAGCUGCUCCAGCAGGCGGUGCUGGACGAGGAGGCGGUGGCUUUCAAGAAGACGGUGUUCGACUGGGAGGCCCAGCUGCUCGAGAGGGCGGAGCUAGACGAAAAAGCGGUUGUUUUAAAGAAGACGUUAUUAGACUGGGAGGCCGAGUUGCUCAAGUAGGCGGUGCUGAACGAGGAGGCGUUGGCUUUCAAGACGACAGUUUUCGACUGGGAGUCCCAGUUGCUCCAGAGGGCGGUACGAGACGAAAGGCGGUGGCUUUCAAGAACAGGUUGUUCGACUGGGAGGCCCAGCUACUCCAGAAAGCGGUGCUGGAGGGGAGGCGGUGGCUUUCAAGAAGACGGUGUUCGACUGGGAGGCCCCAGCUGCUCCAGAGGGCGGUGCUGGACGAGAAGGCGGUGGCUUUCAAGAAGACGCUGUUCGACUGGGAGGCCUAG